CUCUCUCUCUCUCUCUCUCUCUCUCUCUCCCUGCCUGCCAUUCUUCCCUUUUUCCUCCCAAAUUGGUUUCUUCUGCUUCAGGCAGAUAGCGCCGGCAGUGGUGGCAACAAAACUAGAUUCGGGAGCAGGCAGCUGCCGUAUCUCGAAGGACGCCAUCAAUGUGCGAGUUCCUGUGAAAUGGAUUGCGGUGAGACCGGUCCUUGAAUCGAUCCCGCUUUGGGGCAUGAUGAGGCCUGCAAUCGGUGCAAGGAGGGAAGGUGGAGGAGGUGGAAUGUGCUCCCUUCCUCCUGGUGAUUGGACCGCCAGCUCCAGCAGGUUUCUGGCCGCCGAUCUCCUUUAUCGGCUGCAGCAAAACUUUGUUGGGGCUUCUAGUUUGGCUCAAAACGGUUCCAAAUCUAAUCGUCGUUCUGGGUACUUGUCGCCGAAUGUCUCUCCGAGGAGCCGAUACCAGAGAGUGAUUCCGGAUGUGCUUCCCCUCGGUAAUGGAAGGAAACCCUGCCUGAGACCCUGCAAGGAACACGAUGCGGUUCUCGACUACACUUCCGAAGCAAAGCCAUCUCUACUGGCGCGAUCCGCGUCAGGAUCGGCCAAUCCCUCCCCACCACGAGACCAACCCUGCUCCUUCCCCUCGGAUUCGUCACCGGCGCGGUCCAGCGACCGGCCGCCCUCCUCCUCCACUGCUACGGCGGCGAAGGCUCAGAACCACCACUACCAUCGUGAGGUAAACGGGCUGAGCCCUGACGGAGGCGGCGACGUCCUGCUCCAGUGGGGGCACAACAAGAGGUCCCGCGGCUCGAGGGCGGAGGCGUCCCCCGCCGCCCACUCGAGGCAUAAAAUACAGCUGAGAUCGGCGGCCACGGUAAUGCCCCCUCCGUCCUGUGGCUCGUUUUCGAGGGGCGCCAACUACCGUCCUCUGAUCACCAGAGGCACCGAGGAUUCAUCGAGCGGCCUGACUCGUACUGAGAGGCGUUGCCCGGCAUCCCCACCGGAGAAGUCCCGUAAGGCUUCAGCCAAGGCCACCCUGAACGGCUGCACAGCAGCAGAUGUUUCUGCGAAUCCAGAACAGUCGAAGCGGGCACCGGACCGAGAAACGGGUGGCGGCGGCGGCACCAUGACGGCGGGUGAGAAGCUGAAUCUGGAUAAGUUCGAGUGGCCAAGGAUUUAUGUAUCCCUCUCCAGGAAGGAGAAAGAGGAUGACUUCCUUGCCAUGAAGGGGACUAAGCUACCGCACAGGCCCAAGAAGAGGGCCAAGAACAUCGAAAAAGCCCUCCAGUACUGUUUUCCAGGGAUGUGGCUUUCGGACUUGACAAGAGGGAGAUACGAAGUGAGGGAGAAGAAAAGUGUGAAGAAGAAGAGAGCUGGAUUGAAGGCAAUGGAGAGCUUAGAUAGUGAUUCAGAGUAAUUAAUGAUGAUGAUGGCUCAAAAUCUUCUUCUUUCUUCUCUUUUUGCUUGGGGGGUUGUAGUUUCAAUCCCUCCUUUUGGCAGUCGAUAGAGAACUUGUUAUCCUUGCUGUCUUAGCUCUUGUACACAUCUCCAGCAAAAAGAAGAAAAAAAAGGAGAAAAAAUUGUCUUAGUCAGUCAAAUGCUCUCCACUCUCUUCUUCAUGCAUGCUAUGGUAGAUCUUCAGUACAGCUUUCAUUUUAGCCCGAUGUGUGAUGUACGUAUUUGGUGAUGAUCCAAUCCGAGUCACAGAGGAUGUCUUCAACUCUAUUAUAAAUUCCCAUCUUCUAACCA